CUUUCAGAUGCAUUUAUGCAAACCGUGCUCCAGUCACAGUUACCAGUUGUUUUGUUAUCUGCUGUGUCAUCUCACGAGGACAGAAGUUCACGUCGUUAAUUAGUGGUUACCUUUCUCGUGCCUACCCCGGCGACAUGGACAGAAAGAAGCCGGGGCGAGAGGAAGACUCGACGCAGAGCAUGGACGUGUCGAGUUCGGAGGGCCGGCGUGUGACGCGUCGCCGGGCGCGUGCCGAGGCGGACGAAGUCACCGUGAGCGUCGUCUUGGACGACCUCGGGAAGCUCAACCCGGACAGCACCAGUUCCAUUCCCGAGGACGACAAGGUGGCACCCAUCGGAGAUGUCGAGAGGCAGCUUGCCAAUCUCUUUGGCAUUGAGUACACUGAAGAGGGAGGAGGAGCAGGACGGGAGUGCAUGGCCCAUCCCGAGGCAACAGACAUCAUCACAACCAGCCUACUCUCGGCCGGAAUCCUCCACGAGGAAGAGGAUGCAGUCUCCCCAUCAGCCAAGAAGUCUCCUGGGCCCAAACGACUUAAAGAGGGGAGAAAAGCAAAAGGAGAGGGGAGCCAGGAUAAGAAAACCGCAAAGGCUAAGAAUGAGGACCAGUUACUUUGUGGAUCUUGCAAGAAGGUCUGGAUGAGCUUAGAGAGCUUCCUGAAGCACAAGCAGGAUGGGUGCUCGGGUAAAGACGAGCGGGGAGCGGAGGAAGUGAAGGAGAAGGACUCCGAUCUCUCUGAUGGAGAGUACAAGGUGGAGAAGAUCCGUUCCAAACGCUUCAACACUCGCCUCGGAGAGUGGGAGUACCUCCUCAAGUGGGUCGGGUUUUCUGACGCCGAGAACACGUGGGAACCCCUGUCGAAUCUCGACUGCCCUGACAUCCUGGAAGAAUUUGAGCUCGAUUGGGAGCAGCGGUCACAGCCGGUCCCCCAGCCCGAGCCCGACCCAGUGGAUCGCAAACGCAAGCGUACGGACCACCAUGCCGAGUUCGAUGCAGACUUCUCUGAGGACUUCGUUCCCGGGCGGAGUGGAGCCAAGAAGCGGCGUGGGGGGAGUGCAACUCGGGGGCGUGGGAGGGGCAUUGCAAGACCGGGCUUAAAACUCGAUGGUACCCCACGGAAGAAGCCCGGUCGGAAGCGCAAGUCGGAGCUGCAGAAGGAAGAGGAAUCCAAUCGCUCAACUGAAAUGGAGGAAGAUUCAGAGGAAGAGAGAAAGGAAUUGUCUGAUGAAGUGUCUGGUGUGCGUUCCAGUAAGGUGCGGGCACGGUCUCUCGUCCAGAUGUGGACUGGAAAAAAAGGUUUGGUGGCUGAGGAAGCAAUAAAAGAGGAAUCUAAGCUUAAAGCAGUUGAUGACUCUGAAGUCAUGGGUGAAGCUGGGCCAUCCCGAGUGGAUGAUGCUCUUGCAGGCGAAGAGGAUGAGGAGAACAAGUUGGAAGAAAAGGAUAGCAACCUGGAGGACAUUCUUUCAUCACUGCCAUCCGACAUCAUGGUCGAGAAGCAUGAUGAACCCUCCAAGAAGAAGGUCCGAAUGAAGUCCACUGGCCGGGGUCGUGGGCGUGGCUAUUUCUGGGGAAGGGGACGCGGUCGUCCACCCACAUAUGGCCGCACACCUAACAUUCGCCGAAUUCCAGACUACCUCGAGCUGGUUCCAGUCACCAUGGCCGAUGGGUAUACCAUUGAAUACCGCCUGAUGCCAAAGAAGCAGGCUGAGAAAAUCCGAAAAUCCCAUCAGAAGCCUACCUCCGAGAUAAAGUGGCCCGUUGCAAUUCGUCGCCCUCCAGAACCUGCAGAACAGUCACCUGAAUCCCAGAAUGAGGACUCCUUAAUGCCACAGGAAAUGCUAGACGAGAACGAGGCCGUGGAGAUUGCUAUUAUCGACAAGGGUCAGCUGCAGUUACAUCGUCUGGAAGCGAGCGAGACCUCGCCUGGUGCUCAAGGAGCAAACACCACAGUCACUAUGGCCCAAAAGGCACCCAUUGCCUCAGUACUGGGUCCAGAAGAAGGCUCAUCCAUUGAUCUGCCCUUGAAUGUGAGUGAGUCCAAGGACAAGACUGUGAUCCAGUCGCUGGUUGCCGGUACCGAGGGCGGUGGGAAGUUCCUUCUUGCCCAGGAUGGUGAUGAUUCGGGCAAGCAGAUCAUCAUCAUCAGCGAGAAUGCCGACAUCUCCAGUCUGGUUCGUAAGAGCCCAGGCAUGACCAACGGUGAAGAGCUUGAUGGAGUUGAAGCACCUGACAGCAACAACACCACGGCGACCUACAUCCUCGACAGUGGGAAGCCAGGUGUGGCCUCCCCCACAGACAAUGAAGGCAGCAAUGCUACUGGUGGUCAGGAGUCUCAGGUGGUUGCGGGUGAGGAUGAGAACGAGAUGGUGUUCCUUGCUCAGGAUGAGAGUGGGAAUUACAUUGCCCUCUCGGCUGAAGAAUUCCGUGCUGCUCAAGAGGGUGGGCAGCUGGUGAUUCAGGGAUCGGAGGAGGAGGAGGAAAGGGCCACGGUGGAGGCCGAGGUCCCACCUGCAGACGAAGAUGCCAAAUCCCAAGACCGAGGAAUUGAUCUCAAGACCCUGGCCAACUUGGUGGUCCAGUCGGAAGCGAACUCCGUGGCUGGCCCGCAGCCCGAAAGUGUCGAGGCGGAGCGUCCAGAGAAGGGUGAUGUAGAGGGUGAGACUGAGGCUCAGGGAGAAUCAGAAACCAAGCAAGUGCUCCUGAUGCUGCCCGAUGGCCAGAUGAUCCUCACUGACUUGACAGACGAACAGGUAUCCCAGCUGGAAGGCGGGAACAUGGUAGACUUCCAGUUGGAGGAAGGGGAAGGAGACAACGCGACCGAAGCGGCCGACCCCGUUGCCGGCCGGGACUGAGCUCCCGACCCUGCGUCGUUUUACGCGAGAGAUUACAAAGAAACAUGAUUUCAUCACGGUGUACACUCGUACAAUUUCCAGAACUGUUUUGUGUGUUUAUGAAUGAAUGAAUGGGUCCUAGUGAAACAA